AUGAAUAAGAUUGUAAAAUUACAUUGUGUGGCACAGCAAUACUCUUGGGGAAACUAUGGUCUCAAUAGUACUGUGGCACAGUUGCUCUCUGCAGAUAGCUGUGUGAAGAUCGAUGAGAGUGCACCAUAUGCAGAGUUGUGGAUGGGUGCACAUCCAUCUGCACCGUCGGUCGUAGAGACUGAUGAUCACAAACGACUUACACUACAACAAUACCUCGAGGCAAACGGCAUCGAAUCGCUACUGGGUAAACAAGUGGUAGAUAGAUUCGGAGCGGUAUUUCCAUUCCUCUUCAAGGUACUCUCUAUAAGAACUGCACUUUCAAUUCAAUCACAUCCAGACUCUGACUUGGCAAAGAAGUUAUUUGAGAAGUUUCCUGAUAUCUACAAAGAUCCAUAUCAUAAACCAGAGAUUGCAAUUGCUUUAACACCUUUUAAAGCAUUAUGUGGAUUCAGACCAUUGAAUGAUAUCAUUCAGUUCAUCAAUGAUGUACCAGAACUAAAGGCAUCUAUACAUGCAUCUAUUGAAUCUGAUAAACUUGAUCAUUCAAAUUGUUCAUUAUAUUUAAAUAAUGUUGUUGUUGCAUUACUUAAAACCAAUGCAACUGUCAUUAAAGAGAAUCUUGCCACUCUUGUAAAUAGAAUCAGUGCACAGUCUACAAAGAAUGAUUUAGAUCAAUUGGUUUUGGUGCUACACGAACAGUAUCCAGGUGAUGUAGGUGUAUUCUUUGCUUAUCUUUUGAAUUAUAUCCAGAUGGCACCGGGUCAAGCUUUGUUCUUGCCAGCUGGUGAGCCACAUGCUUAUGUUGCCGGAGACUGUGUAGAGUGCAUGGCACCCUCUGACAAUGUAGUGAGAGCAGGUCUGACCCCGAAGCUCAAGGAUGUCGAUACACUCGCCCACAUGCUAACCUAUAACACCGGUGAACCACCACUUGUCAAACCAAUCUGUGAGUCUGACAAUCACGCUCUUUUCCGUCCACCCGUCGACGAAUUCGAAGUAGAGAGCUACCAUAUCUCUGAAGGCGCCGAACAAUCGAUUAAAUCAAGAAGAGGACCUGCUAUUGUAUUAGUAUUAGAUGGUAACAUCCAGAUCAGCUCCUCUUUGCAACCUCAAAACAACUUUGAUAAACUAAUCAAAGGAACUGUAUUAUUUGUACCAAUUGACACACCAUUCACCGUUAAAACAAUAGAUAGUAAAUCAUCUACACUCUACAUUGCAAGAGUUAGUGAAAGAUUAUUUAAAUAA